GUGGCGGCAAUGAUCUAAUCAUGUCAGAUAAAGAUGAUAUUGAGACUGAAGUGAUAACUGAAGCAACCUCCAUCCUUGAAGAUGAGAACUGUGAGCCAGCCAAGAAUUUUGAGUCAGUUGACCAAAGUGCCAAGUCAGAGAGUAAAUCAGAACCUGUAGCUUCUACUCGGAAAAGACCAGAGUCCAAACCUUCCGGUGACCUUGAGACUUCAGACGUUCUUCCUGUUCAGACAUCGCAGGCUGCAGGCAAAGAGACUGUUUCCAAAGAUGUACCCCAGACCGGAUGGGGCUAUUGGGGAAGUUGGGGCAAGUCCUUGCUUUCCUCAGCCUCAGCUACAGUAGCCACAGUAGGCCAAGGUAUUUCAUAUGUCAUUGAGAAGGCAGAGACUUCCCUUGGAAUCCCUAGUCCCAGUGAAAUUUCAUCUGAAGUCCAGUAUGCAACAGGAGAGACAAAUGCCAAAGAGAAUGAAAACUCUUCUCCAAUGAGUGGUCCAUUUGGGGUAUUCUCAACCAUCUCUACUGCUGUUCAGAGCACAGGAAAGAGUGUUAUCAGUGGGGGUUUGGAUGCCUUAGAAUUCACUGGGAAAAAGACAAUGGAUGUAAUAGCAGAAGGGGAUCCUGGAUUUAAAAGAACCAAGGGUCUGAUGAACCGGACUUCCACACUGUCUCAGGCUUUACGAGAGGCGAAGGAGAAAGACGAGCUAUGGACCGCCAAUGAGGUUACCAUGGAAACGGACAAGAAAACUCAUUAUGGGCUACUCUUUGAUGAAUUUCAAGGCCUUUCACAUCUAGAAGCUCUGGAGAUGCUCUCCUGAGAAAGUGAAAUAAAGGUGAAAUCUAUUCUUAAUUCUCUAAGGGAAGAAGAAUUAGAGACUCUAAAAUUUGAAUUGGAGCAACUCAAAGAAGCAUUUUCCCUAGCAGAGUUCUGCAAGGAAGAGGAGGAAGAGAAGAAAGGGGAUGAAGACUUUACCAAAGAGAUAAGAGAGCUAUUUUCCCAGCUGCAUGUCUCUUCUAAACCAGAGAAACUUACUAGGGCAAGAAAUACAGCCUGUGAAUGGAUCAGGACAUCUCUGGCCAAACCAUUAGAAGAAAAGGAAGAAGGAAAAAAACAGUUGGAAGCAGAAAAAAUUGAGCAAAUCAAUAACAAUUCAAUAGAGGAUAUCCAUGCAUUUGCAAUCCGGAGCCUAGCAGAAUUAACUGCCUGCUCAACUGAACUGUUUCACAAAACAGCGGCUCUGGUUCUGCAUGGCAGGAAGCAGGAAGUAACAGCCAUAGAAAGGAGCAGAGCCCUUUCCCAGAUGACAGUUGUGUUGUGUAAAGAGUUGUCCUCUCUGUCUAAAGAGUUCAUCACCUGCCUAACAACUGCUGGGGUCAAGGAAAAGGCAGACGUCCUUAAUCCAUUAAUCACUGCAGUAUUUCUAGAGGCAUCAAACAGUGUUUCCUACAUUCAGGAUGCCUUUCAGCUACUUUUACCUGUGCCGGAGAUCUCUCUUAUUGAGAACAAGACUGAAUUACCAGAGGCAUGA